GGAGAGUGUCCAGGCGCUAGGACCCGGGACACGUGAGCGCAUUAGUUUGCCAGAGGGUGGAGACGGUGAACAAUGAAGGAGCUGACUAGUGGGACCAGUAGAGGAGCAACAUCUGAGACCCCCACCACCUGCAGAACCCAGAGACCCGCUGGACCCACGGACAUCCACAGACCGACCGGCCGACGGUGGCUCCAGGACGCACAGCUCAGUUUGGAUGGAGAGGGGACAUGUGGAUUUUCCCGUGCGCACUGCAGAGAGCCCCCCCUAAGUGGGUGUGAAUGAAUGGGCUCGUCUGUGUGUGUGUGUGUGUGAGAGUGUGUGUGUGGCGCUGAACUGGGUCAUGCGGACCGCUGGAGGAGCGAAAGAUAAACACGCACCCGCCUCCCGCUGCUGCUGCUGCUGCUGCUGCUGCUUGGCAGGUUGAGAUGGUGGGCGCUCAGAGGAGGGAUCCCAGCCUGUGUCCUCGACUCAGCACCAGAUGAUGAUGAUGAUGAUGCUUUUUUUGAUUCAGUCCGCCUCCGAAGACACAAGUCAUCUUUUGUGGAGCUUCUCCACGAAGUAAGCUGGACAGGAGUCAUCCUGGGCGGGCUACAGCCAAAGCGCAGCGACGCACCGGACCUUCACCCCAUGCGGGCUUGGUCAGCCGUGAAAGUGUGAGGUGUUGUUUUUCUUGUUUUUGUUUUCUUCUGUUUUUUUUUUUGUGGAGGACGUGCACAGUUUCCUCAGAUAACUUCCUUCAAACCGGGAGAUUCAUCCACCAGGUCCCCUCAGAGCCCCGUGGAGGAUCAGUGCGGAGCGGAGCGCAGCGGCUCUGCUCGCCGGGCGGAUGCAGGACCAUGGAGGAGAGAGACAGGUCGCCAGCAGUCUGCCCCACAGCGUCAAGGCGAGCCUGUCGCUUUCUCCAUCGGGGCCGGGACGGGCAGGCAGUGGCGGCGGGGGCUCCCCUACGGCCAAGAUGGACUACUGCGGAGGGGUGCCAGUGGAGGACAUGCAGGCCCUGGCCAUCACGUCUCUGUCGGCAACAGACGUAGCCAAACAGUACGAGCACAUCCGGGAGCUGGGGAAGGGCACGUACGGCAAGGUGGACCUGGUGGCGCACCAAACCCAGGGCACCAAAAUGGCGCUAAAGUUUGUUACCAAGAACAAGACGAAGCUGAAGAGUUUCCUGCGGGAGUACAGUCUAACAGGCUCACUUAGCUGCAGCCCUUUCAUCAUCAAAGUCCUGGACGUGCUAUUCGAGACGGAGGACAGCUACGUGUUUGGACAAGAAUAUGCCCCCGCUGGGGACCUCUUCGAUAUCAUCCCCCCUCAGGUGGGUCUGCCAGAGGAAAUGGUCAAACGCUGCAUGCAACAACUGGGCUUGGCUCUGGACUUUAUGCACAGCAAAAACCUGGUGCAUCGGGACGUGAAGCCUGAGAAUGUGCUUUUGUUUGACCGAGAGUGCCGCCGCAUCAAGCUGGCAGACUUUGGCAUGACACGGCGGGUGGGCUGCCGUGUGAAACGGGUGAGCGGCACCAUCCCCUACACCGCACCGGAAGUGUGCCGUGCCAGUCGUUCUGAGGGAUUCCUCGUGACCACCAGUCUGGAUGUGUGGGCGUUCGGCGUGCUGGUGUUUUGUAUGCUGACGGGCAAUUUCCCCUGGGAAGCAGCGCUGCCGUCCGACGCCUUUUACGAGGAGUUUCGACGCUGGCAGAAAGCAGGGUGUCCCGUGGGAACGUACCCGUCUCAGUGGCGCCGCUUCACUGAUGAUGCCUUGCGCAUGUUUCAGAGGUUGCUCGCCUCCGAGCCAGAAAAACGCUGCGGAGUCAAGGACGUCUUCUGCUUUGUCAAGUAUGAGCUGGUAAGCGAGCUCAGGCGCCGAGCUUCUUGCCGAGCCAAGAGAGGCGAGAGGUCAAGCACGGGAGCGUGCACUGGCAGUUGCACUUCCUCCUCUACCUCCUCUUCAUCACGCUCCUCCCACCGACACCCUGAGCCCUCCACCCCUCCCGGAACAUCCUGCCUGCGCCCAGCCCCGCUCAAACGCAGCGUCCUGUCCGACCCGCUGUCUCCCAGAGAGGAGCACCAGUCACCAGGCCGAGACAAGAACAAAAGCCAGAUGGUGAUGGCGACUGCCAUCGAAAUCUGCGUGUGACCACGCUCAUGUUAGCGCUGGGGACGAGAUGGCUCGUCACGUAAUGACAAACUGUGAAGAGGUGUUAAUGACUCCUCCAGAGACUCCAGUGAAAAAGGAGAUGUACUCUAACCAUGGAAGAUUGGCUCAGGAUCACAUCCACUGCUGUGCAUAUGGACAUCAUCAAUCAGCGGUACACACUCGGACAGCUUUUCACCGGCACGCGCCGCUUAGGUUUUCAUUAGCGACCAAAGACUGCUUCUCACGCUGAAAAGCCAUGCAGGCAGCGUGCAACAGUCCGCUGAUGAUGCUCCUCUCUGCAGCUCAUUGUGCUGUCCACACAUUUGUGUUUUCUGCCCAUUCACAGUGGUGGUGCUACUGAUUCUAGAGUUAGAUAUUUGUCAUUUCUCACUCAUCACUCCCCGUCUCUUUACUUUAGACUUAUCUCCGAAUAUUAGCUCCAGGGAGGCCAAAGUGUCAUCUGAUCUGAUGAUGCUGUUCAGUCGGAGGCCGGUGAUCUGAGGGCAAUCUUCGCUACCACAUACGUCUGCAAUUCCUCAGACUUCCUGCCAAUGCAUAUUAUCUGUUAUAGACUUCUUUUUUUCUUACAGAGAAAGAGUGCUAAAGGAAAAAAGACAAAAAGAUAGUUAAAUGUAGCAGUUUGUAUGAGACAUCUUUUCAUGUAGGUGUCUAGACUGAGAUACAGACAUCAUCACCUCAGGACUCUUCUGUGGGUCACUUCCUUUUUCUUUUCUUUUUUAUUAAUGAAAAUCCAUUGACUGGCUGGAAGACACAUCUGCCCCUUGUGAACUGCUCCAAAUGAGAUUCACUUCCAAUGUAACACAGUAGAAUACAGGGAUUGUACAUUAUCUGAGUGAAAAGGGUGAUGGAGCGAAGAUUAUUGUUUCUUUUCUACCUGCUGUGUGUGUUUGGACAAGUGUGUGUGUGUGUGUUUCAAACGCUAAAGCACAACAUUUUUGUAAAGGACAAGAACUCUUAGAGAAAACUACGACUCUUUAUUGUAAAUAAUUGAAUAUUUCUAGGAGUGCACCUUAUCAUCAGGUAGUUCAACAAUGUAGCUGUUCUAAUUUUCUACGACGGAGAAAAGGAUUGUAGGGGUUUUACAUUUACUGUCGGGGCAGCGCACUGUAUGUAGCAGCAAAAUAUGACAGAAUGUACAGUUUAUCACAAGAAGUUAAAUAUAUAGAUAUAUGAUUUAAAGCCUAUCACAGUUUAUAACAUGGUAGCAGCUGCUGGUCUCUUACAAAUAAAGACAUCACACAUUUCAUUUUCCUGUCAUCACCUCUUCAUGGGCGACAUCCAUUUUCUGUACACAAUUAUUGUGCGUCUUUGUUGCCAGUGAGUUCAGCCCAUUUUGUCUUCACCACAAAAGGUGUUCCAAUAUUUGAUUAUCUAGAUGCAACAUUAAACACACAAUUCCCGACUGCACAGAAUGCGUUGUUACACCACCCCCCCAUGCUCAGAUUUAAUUGAGUCUUCCUGCCUCUCUCUGGGAACCCCUCCAAACGAGCCAGUGGAAUAGCAGGGCCCAGGUGUUUUUGGUCUGGAGGAAUGACCUCUGUGGCGGCCAUUACGGCUCUGCUAACUGUUGAUUGAUCUAGACCAGCGCGCCGCUCCAGCUUCUGUUUCCACAAGAUACUGCCAAUUAUCAAAGCAUCCAAAAAGCACAGUAGGCUCAGUGUGAAUGGUUCAAUGCAUGCUAUUACCAUUCGUUUUCUUGGUCGAAUUUCCUAACUGUUAUGUUUGUCAGGUGUGAGUGUGUGUGUGUGUGUGUGCGUUCUUUUUCUCACUUCUAAUUUCUCCACUCUUCCCAUGGCAUCCCAUCAGCACUGUCGCUAUAGUGACAGUGCCAAUGCUCCUCUGGUUCAGCUUCUGUCCUCUUCUUGAACAUAGAGUCUAAUUGAACCCAGUCGAAACAACUGGUCUCCAAACCCUCCCCGUCAUCCGCAGCUCCUCAUGACAGCAGCUGGGCUUAUUAUAGCGGAUGACACAUACCUGCAGAAACACAUUCUCCUGUAUUCUGUGAAUUCACAAACCAAGGUCUUUAUCCACGUUGUUAAAAGUCAUUCUCAUUUUCUUUGUCUUUUUCAAGCUCUGCAAAGGUGAUCUGAAAACUUACUGUAUCUUCAGAGGUAAUGGGUCAGUAGAUUGUAGUGGGAUGCCAAUCAUUCCAAAAGGACCUUCAUAUAUUAUGUGCAAAAAGUCAAGUUUCACAGAAUAAGGCCAUGAAAUAUUACAUUGCAAAGCAUACAUCAUAUAACAUAUAAUGUGAUGCAUCAUGGGAUAAAGUAUUAUGACAGGAGACAAUAAAACAUAAACCAUCAUAACAUGUCGCAGCAUAAGAUGAUACAUCUCAAUAUGACAAAUCAUAAUAUGACACCUCAUGACACGACAAAUCCUAACAUCAUGCAUCAUAACAAGAAGCAUCAUAACAUGACGUAUCAUAACAUGACGUAUCAUAACAUGACGUAUCAUAACAUAAUGUAUCAUAACAUGACGCAUUAUAACAUAGCAACAGCCCCCAUCUUAAUAUGAAGCAUAGUUAUAUGACGCAUCACAACGGGCCGCUUCAUAACAUGACGCUUCAUAACAUGACGCUUCAUAACAUCACCCAUCGCAGUAUGACGCAUCAGAACAUGGGAACGUUGCAUGACGAAAGACAACAUAACUUUUUUAUAAGUGCAAACCCCAACUUGUCAAGUUCCACAGUAUCAGGAUGGGAGCUGAGGCUUUGUUAUACAUCAUAUCAUCAUAAUUAGACUGCUAGAAAUGUUCAUUGUUGUUUUUCAUGGACCGUCAUAACAGGAAUCGUCAAAUUUAAUGAGCUGUCAAUUUAUAUUCUAGAGAGUAGCCUUCCUUUUAUCCUGUUUAUCCUGAUCAAAGAUCAAACUGUUUUCUGCCAGCAAGUGAUGUUGUAGAAUCUAAUGUAAAUACUGUACGUAUUGUGUCUUUAACAAAAUGGAAAAAUAGAAUAAAUGAAAUGUUAAUAUAUGUUGAAAUAAAUUUAUGCACCACC